AUGUAAAAAUAUAUCAAAGAAUGUUAAGCCAUUAUUAUAACAGCUGGUGCAGGUAUGGGAGUUGACUCAGGGAUUCCAGAUUUUAGAGGAAAUGAAGGUUUCUGGAAAGUUUAUAGAGCUUUUGAAAAUAAAUUUUCAUUUAAAGAUUGUGCUAAUCCAUAAUUUAUGCUAAAAUAUCCAAAUUUAUUUUGGGGAUUUUAUGGACACCGAUUACAUAUGUAUCGAAAUAAAAUUCCUCAUGAAGGAUUUUAGAUUCUUAAAAAAAUUUGCUUUAAUAAAAAUUACUUUAUAGUUACAAGUAAUGUGGAUGGAUAAUUUUAGAGAUCUGGUUUUGAUAGUAAUAAUAUGUAUGAAAUAAAUGGAUCUAUUCAUUAAUUUUAAUGCACCCUUUGUAAUAAAUUGUAUGAUUCAGAGAAGUUCAAAAAUUUAUCCAUAGAUUUGGAGAAAUUGAGAGCAGCAGAUCCAUUACCAUAAUGUGAAUGCAAUCAUUUAUUAAGACCUAAUAUUUUGAUGUUUGAUGAUUAGGAUUGGAUUUCAACUAUAUAUGAAAGAUAAUAAAAAAGAUUUUAAGAGUUUUUAGAGAAAUAAAUAAGUAAUAAAGUUUGUGUAAUUGAGAUUGGAGCAGGAAUUUCAAUACCAAACAUUAGAAAUUUAGGUCAUACAAUUCUUGAUAAAAUAAAAUAAUCUGUAAUGAUAAGAAUAAAUCCAAUAGAGAAUGAAAUUCCAAAUGAUGAUCGAUAUUUUAGUAUAAAAAAAGGUGGAUUGGAAGGGAUUAAAGAAUUAGGAGAUUGA